AUGAAUUGAGGAUGGAGAACACCAAAGAAUGACAUAGGACUAUUGCUUCGUGUCGUUCCGGGGGAUAGCAUGCAUGUAAAUUAUGCUGAUGACUUGAACGGUAUCCAGCACUGCAAAUAUUGCCGUCACAUUACUCUUGAGAAGCUAGCGAGUCCCGAAGGCUAUUUGCAUGCUCCCUCGCGCUCAAGCCUAGUCCGCAGUGCCCAAAGAUGCCGCCUCUGCUCGCUGCUCUUUCGUAAAGAUCGAAGCCGACAAGCGUCUCAGCUAUGCUUGUCGUUGGCACCGUUCAGUGAGGAUGAUCCUCAGGUCGUGCUCAACAUUUCACAUGUAGGCGCUGCAGAGCCAUCACGAAAUGCACGCCUUUCCUUGUUUCUGUACACCGAUGCAGGCGACCCGGCGGCGAACCGAUUUGACAUCACUGCAAAACGCCCAUUGAAGGACACAAGCUCUGAAACCACAUUUGAUACUGUUCGUUCGUGGCUCGCAACAUGUGUCAACCUUCAUCACUGCUCAACGCCUUUAUCGCUGAAAGACCAGGAGCAUACUCCAGCUGCCAGGCUGCUAGAUCUGGAGGCCUUUACUUUGCCUGAUCUAGACUUGCGUUUGAUCGACAACGAUGGAGAACCUAAGCAGUACGCAACACUCUCGUAUUGCUGGGGCAAUUCGCGAGCAUUUGUUACAGAGUCUCGCUCUAUUCAACGCCGAAGAUCCCGCAUUGAUUUCAAAUCACUCCCAAAAACAUUCCGCGAUGCGAUUCAGAUCUCGCGGAAGCUGAAGAUUCGAUAUCUUUGGAUUGAUGCGUGUUGCAUAGUUCAAGACUCGGAAUCGGACUGGCAAAGGGAGAGCGCGAAAAUGGGUUACAUAUAUUCGAACUCUUAUGUAACAAUUGCUGCAGAUUCUGGAAUCGAUUCCAGCAGUGGCUGCUUCAACGUAAGCAGCAGCUCACAGGAGCUUACUCUAGAAAGCAAGCCCUUUGAAUUCAGGAGCGAGACGUCAGACGGUCAAAAAACAUCAAUAUUCCUCUGGGAUCCAAGUCGAGGCUCCCGUCGACCGACACCUCCCGAAAUUGAUGGCUCACCCCUCUCCGAACGCGGUUGGGUUUGUCAAGAGCGGAUCUUAUCUCCUAGAAUUUUGCAUUAUACCAAAUCACAAGUGUUCUGGGAAUGUCGCCAAUGUCUAUUGGCUGAGGACGGACUUCGUCCCUGGAGCCUUUGGAGUGAUGCCGAUACAGUUCCAGGACUUGCACGCAAUUUGUACGGUACUACGUCCGACUUCGACAAUCAAGAUCGACUAUUGGACAUCUGGUAUCAAAACGUUGUCUCUCAGAGCUAUUCGCGGCGGAAACUCACAAGGUCAAAAGAUAAAUUGACAGCGAUAUCAGGUUUGGCGCAAGCAUUCCACCGUCAUUUCCGCUCCAGGUACAUCGCUGGUCUAUGGGAGCUCGACUUGGCAUACGCUCUUUGUUGGAGAAGACGUGGCCCAGUAGUCUUUCCAGAGAUAUAUCGUGCUCCCUCCUUUUCAUGGGCUUGCAUUGAUGCUGUCAUCGAGUGGCCGCUCCGGUCAAACAUGAAGUCUGCAAAACUAAAUGUGAAGUCCAUUACAGUGAAACUCGAAUCCGCUGAUGCUUUUGGAACAGUUUCGAAAUGCUCUUUGAGUAUUCUAGGCCGGCUGAGAAGAGCGAUGGUAACAUCUCGAAGGCGAAUAUCUGCACGUGGUAUCGACUUUGAGUGGGAGUUGCGUACGCUAUCAAAUAAGCUUCUUGGUACUGCAUUUAUGGAUUCAGAUGAUCUAGAUGACGGUUUCGAACAUGCAGAUUGCCUGAUUCUUGACGAAGACAACAAAAAACACGCUUUGAUACUGCAGCAAAAAUCUAAAGAGCAUAGCGAGUACAUUCGAAUAGGAGUGGCUGAGCUUCUUGGACUUGACGAAGACGACGAGUUCUUUUGCCAAGGCCAUGAGCAAUCUAUCGUCCUGGUCUGACAGUACUUAUCGAGGUUAUUUCGAAAGCAUACUCGAAAUUAACUUGUUGUCCUCCCUAAAGAGUUGGAACUUUGGCAGUAUGUGUAAAGUUUUACUAGUCAGUAUGCAUCCUCUACUAGCUACGUUCAGCCGAAUAAAGCGCCCAACAAGUAGCGGAGCACAGCAUUGUGUACAGGAUUUAGAAAUUUGUAGCAUUCAAUUUUUUUCGGCCCUCAAGUUUCGACACCGUCGCGCUCGAAAAGGCAAGUGCACAAGUAGUCUAAGUUGUACCAGAAAGAGAAAAGAGGCGAACACAUGGAAUCAACAUGGAUGACCUAUCUAGUUACUUGAAUUCGAGACGAAGUGAACAUACCAC